AUGGGGAGAUGGCUUCUUCCUAACUCAGAGCUCAGUCUCCACCUGACUUUCCCCCAGAGUUUUGCUAUUACAUGGCUGAACUCCAGUUUGGCAGGUGCUGCUGCUGGUUCACUCUCCGGUUUCCAGAUAUUUCCAGCUCUGUGCCUAAAACCAGAAAUAACAAAUGGAAAGCUGUCUGUGGAGAAGGAUCAGUAUGUCAACCCUGAAACUGUCACCACCCAGUGUGACCUGUGUUAUAGGAUGAUUGGCUCCCAGAGUAUCUCUUGCUCAGGGAAAAAGUCUUGGAAUCCAGAUGUGCCCAAGUGCAAGAGGGACCUCUAGGACCAGUUCAACUGACCCCAUCUUAUCAACAAAGUACUUACAAGUGCCUUUUCAGGAACUGAGAAUCCUGCUUUGUCCAGUUCAGGCCUGUUGUGACUACCAACCCAUCAACUGGGCCUGGGCAAAUGCUCCAUAAGUGACCUUUAUGACAUCAAGGGGCUGAAGACUUGACCCUCAGAUCACACUAAAAUCAACAUUUUGUGAACAUGCAUCCUAUGAAGAGGCAUGAAGCUUGGCUACACUGGCACAGAUCAUCUAUUACUUUACUUGUCCUUACCUCCCAUCAUCUACCUCCAUACUUCAGACUGCUCUGCCCUUCAUCCCACAUAUUGUGCCCCAAGCCCUGGAUUGGAGAGACAGAUCUGAGAGCAUAUGCCUCCUGUCUCCUUGCAGAUCAAUCUAACAAUAAAGCUAUUUUCUUUUCCCAAAAGCUGAUGCCAUAAUAAUUG